GUUUUCCCGGCGAAAAAAGGCACAAAGAGGCAUUCGAAGCACAUUGUAUCUGAUUCAAUGUGUUAACCGAAGCAUUUAGACGGUUUUCCGAAAAAGUGACCUGUUAGCCGUCAGUUACCCUUUAAUGCCUGACUUAAUACAAGCUGCUGGUGAUGGCAUGAACAAAGCUCGACCCUGUUAAGAAUGUUGCCAAACCUUGAGCGGAAGGAACUUAUCGGAAGCGGGAGUUUUGGGAACGUUUACAGAGCGGAAUUGGAUGGUAAACCAGUAGCAGUGAAAAUCCUUCAUGAACGCUACUUCAGAGAACCCCACAGCAACAACGAAUGUUUGAAGAAGUUCAAAGCGGAAUGCAAAAUUCUUCAAAAACUCCAGCAUAUGAACGUGGUUACGUUAUUGGAUUUUAUCAUUUCACAUGCUUCACCGCCAAUGCUGAUAACUGAACUCUUGGAUUGUGACUUAAGAAAGUAUAUUCGUGAUUGUCAUCCCGGGAAGAUUCCAUUUUCAGAAACUGUCUCGAUUAUGUUAGACGUGGCGAAAGGUCUCGCGUAUCUUCAUCAUGAGCAUAAUCCACCGAUAGUUCACCGAGACGUGGCCAGCAAAAACAUACUUCUUACCAAAGAAAGGCAGGCAAAGAUUGCUGACGUCGGUCUUGCCAAAGUGCUUCCAAAAGGCGAACAAAAUUAUUGUUCUCCUGUGCCCGGAACGCCAGCUUAUGCUGCACCAGAAACGUUUCACCCCGACUAUGAUCCAAGGUUUUUUAUGUCAAGGAAAGGCCGAUCGCCUGUCGAAUAUGGCACUAAGAUUGACAUCUUUUCACUCGGAAUCGCUUUGAUGGAAGUUAUAACUGGAAAGCUACCUAAUCCUCAGCCAGGUGCUAGUCCAUUUACGAGCGAUGGUGAACAGAUCCUAGAAAAGGAUCGUCGUAAAGGUGACAUCAAGAUGAUGGGUGAGCACAAGCUGAAGGAAAUUGUGUUUCUCUGUAUAGAGGAUUCCAGUGACAAAAGACCUAGUGCUGAGAAGCUCACUGAAAUGCUUCGACAAGAAUGUUCAAAAAUCGAGCAGAAGAAAAUUAUUGCAAACAGAGCUGUAGGAGAAAUCCCAGUUAUUGAAGUCACAGUUCUCGGGAUAUCAAAUGUGGGAAAGACAUGUCUUAUUUCAAGAUUUGUUAACCACAAGUUCUCUGAGAGAGUAGCUCCCACAUAUGGUUGUGAUCACAAACACGUUUCCAUCAAAAUCCAUAGUAAAGACUUUACAUUGAGAGUUGUAGAUACUGCUGGACAGGAAAGAUUUCGCCGUUCCAUCACUCCAACACUAAUUCGGCGGUCUCAGGGAAUCCUCCUCGUAUAUGACGUGAACAACCCUUCUUCUCUCUCGGAAGGUGUUCCUGAAAUGUUGCAUUUUAUCAAUCGGGAAAGACCUGACAUUCCGAGUUUGCUUUUAGUGGGCAAUAAGGCAGAUUUGAUGGAAAGCGAGCAGAGUGAACUUGUUGUUUCUAAGGAGGGUGAACGUUUUGCUCAAAAUUAUGGAAUUCCCUUCAUUGAAACCAGUGCACAAAGUGGAAAAAAUGUUGAAAAAGUGUUUGAAAUGAUUGCAGAGAAUAUCUAUGAUUAUUUGGAUUUGUCUGAUAUUGAUACCUUUAUCUCAAAUGGCAGAAGAGAUGCAAUCACAGUCAUGAAUGAUCCUCCACGUGAACGAGGUUUCCUUGAGAAGAUUGGUGACUGCUUUAGGUCUGGGUGGAACUGGUUCAAAGAAAUUUUCAAUAGUGGCAGAGAUGAUUGACAAGAUGGAAAUAACCACUCACAAGAUUGAAUUCUUCAUUAUCUUUGGACUGUCCCAAGGGGCGCAUGUUCUCUACAAUAGGAGCUCGUUCAUUUUAUGCCCCCACACUGUGGAACAGCCUUCCAGCAAAUAUUCAGGAAAUACCAUCACUCAGCAUUUUUAAGAAAAAACUUAAGACACAUCUUUUUAAUUAAGCUUACAACAAGUAACUUUUCUUGGGGGUGGUCAAUUGUGUAUUUUUAGUAUUAGGUUUUAAAGAUAUUUCUUAUAAUUCAUUGUAGUUGCUGUAUUUUUACAUAUAUUUUUAAAUUUAUGUAAAGCGCUUUUGAUCAUUUUAAUGUUAAA